AUGAUGUGCCCAUGGCAGUUUGUGUUCAAACCCCAUGCUGCUAAGAAGCAGCCCUCUGAAGAGAAGGAUAUCAAUAACAACGUAGAGAAAAAUGGGAAGAUCUAUGGCUUAGAAAAUGAUGAUGCCAAAUUAUAUGAUCCAAGCAAGAAGCAGAUAGCGACGCCACCUAUCAUAACUUCCGCAAAGGCCAGCGAUGUGAGAGAGAACCCCCCCCCAAAUGGUAUCAAGGCUUCAAACCAAAUAUCAAGAUGUCCAAGACAUGUAAAAGUAAGAAACUUGGAAAAUGGAUCCAGCUUUCUUGACACAUUACACCUGACAGCAAAGGAGGUUGUCAACUGCCGGACCAAAGCCUGCCAAGGGUCACUCAUGACGCCGAAGAGCCUGGUGAGAGGUACUAGGGAUGGGCCAGUUCCACCUGCAGAGCUUUUACCUCAGGCAAUAGACUUUAUCAAGCAGUACUACAGUUCAUUUAAAGAGCCAAAAAUAGAAGAACACCUGGUGCGACUGGAAACAGUGACCAAGGAGAUAGAAACAACAGGAACCUACCAUCUGACAAAGGAUGAGCUGAUCUUUGCUGCCAAGCAGGCCUGGAGGAACGCGCCUAGGUGUAUUGGGAGAAUCCAGUGGUCCAAUCUGCAGGUAUUUGAUGCACGUGAUUGUAAAACAGCGAAGGAAAUGUUUGAGCAUAUCUGUCGUCAUGUUCAGUAUGCCACAAACAAUGGAAAUAUAAGAUCAGCCAUCACUAUCUUCCCCCAGAGAACUGAUGGGAAACACGAUUUCCGUGUCUGGAACAGCCAGCUCAUCCGAUAUGCUGGAUAUCAAAUGCCAGAUGGGUCUAUUGUAGGAGACCCUGCCAGUGUGGAGUUCACGCAGUUGUGCAUUGAGCUUGGGUGGAAGCCGAAAUAUGGCCGCUUUGAUGUGGUUCCACUCAUUCUCCAAGCAAACGGACAAGACCCAGAAAUAUUUGAAUUCCCGCCAGAAAUUGUCCUCGAAGUGCCAAUGGAACAUCCAAAGUAUGAGUGGUUUAAGGAGCUGGAUCUGAAGUGGUAUGCGCUGCCUGCUGUUGCCAACAUGCUGCUUGAGGUGGGAGGCCUGGAGUUUACUGGGUGUCCGUUCAACGGCUGGUACAUGGGGACAGAGAUAGGAGUGCGAGACUUCUGUGAUGUGCAGCGAUACAACAUCCUGAAGGAGGUAGGAAGAAGAAUGGGACUGGAAACAAACAAACUUUCAUCAUUAUGGAAAGACCGAGCUGUUGUAGAGAUAAAUGUGGCUGUGCUUUAUAGCUUCCAAAAACAAAAUGUGACUAUCAUGGAUCACCACUCAGCUGCCGAGUCCUUUAUGAAAUACAUGCAGAAUGAGUACCGUGCGCGAGGAGGCUGCCCAGCUGACUGGGUGUGGAUUGUGCCUCCUAUGUCAGGGAGCAUAACCCCCGUGUUCCACCAGGAGAUGCUGAACUAUGUCCUCACUCCCUUCUAUUACUACCAGGUGGAUGCAUGGAAAACACAUAUCUGGCAUGAUGAGACCCGGAGGCCAAAGAAAAAAGAAAUAAAGUUUAGCAUGUUGGCAAAGGCUGUAUUCUUUGCAUCUUCACUCAUGCGACGAACAAUGGCAACCAGGUCCAAGGUCACUGUAAUCUAUGCAACAGAGACUGGGAAAUCCGAAACACUGGCCAACAACCUGUGCAGCUUGUUCAACUGUGCCUUCAGCACUAAGAUUCUGUGCAUGGAUGAGUACAAUAUCUGUGACCUGGAAAAAGAAACACUUCUUUUGGUGGUUACUAGCACUUUUGGAAAUGGAGAUUCUCCAAAUAAUGGAAAGACCUUGAAGAACGCCUUGCUCACCCUGAAGUUGCUGAGAAAAAAAAUUAGAUAUGCUGUGUUUGGCUUGGGGUCCAGCAUGUAUCCAGAGUUCUGUGCCUUUGCUCAUGCCAUUGACCAAAAACUGGCCCAGCUAGGGGCUGCUCAGCUCCUUCCCAUAGGUGAAGGAGAUGAACUCAAUGGGCAAGAAGAAGCCUUUCGCACAUGGGCAAUCAGUGCAUUCAAGACUGCCUGUGACGUUUUUAACAUCCGUGGGAAAAACAGUAUUCAGUUGCCUGAGAUAUAUACCUCUGAUGACAGCUGGGAUCCGAAGAAUUACAGGGUAGUGCGUGACUCUCAAACCAUGGACUUGGUUAAAGCACUUGCAAACAUUCAUGCCAAGGAUAUAAUUCCCAUGAAGCUGAAAUUCAGACAGAAUCUUCAAAGUUUAAAGUCCAGUCGUGUUACCAUUCUGGUUAAGCUUUCCUGUGAGACUAAUCAGGAAGUGCGCUACCUGCCUGGAGAACACAUCGGGAUUUUCCCAGGCAACCAGCCCGAAUUAGUCCAUGGCCUCAUUGCACGUGUCAAGGAUGCCCCUCCGGCUGAUCAGACUAUCAGACUUGAAACCUGCACUGAUGGUGGCUACUGGACAAGUGACAAAAAGAUUCCAGCCUGCACACUCUCCGAGGCUUUGACAUACUUGCUUGAUAUCACUACUCCACCCUCCCAACAACUGCUAAAAAAACUCUCCCAGCUAGUAACAGCAGAAGGAGACAAGCAGAGACUGGAAGUUUUGUGUCAGAGCACAGAAGAAUACAAUAAAUGGAAGUUUUACAACAGCCCGAACAUCCUGGAGGUCCUGGAAGAGUUUCCUUCUGCAGAGGUCUCAACAGCUUUCUUACUGACUCAGCUGCCAUUCCUGAAACCCAGGUACUACUCUGUCAGUUCCUCCUGUGACAUGACACCCAGAGAGAUUCAUCUGACGGUUGCAGUUGUAAACUACAGGACAAGAGGUGGACAAGGGCCUUUGCACCAUGGAGUUUGCACCACAUGGCUGAAAACAAUAGCUCUGAAUGGAAUAGUUCCGUGCUUUGUGCGCAGUGCUAAUGAAUUCCACCUCCCAGAGGAGCCAACCAAGCCAUGCAUCCUGAUCGGCCCAGGAACGGGAAUUGCUCCUUUCAGAAGUUUCUGGCAGCAGCGCCUCUAUGACUUGGAAAGGAAAGGGAUCAAAGGUGGUGACAUGACGUUGCUGUUUGGCUGCCGGCGGCCAGACAUGGAUCACAUCUACAGGGAAGAGACUGAGGAAAUGAAGAGGAAGGGAGUCCUGAAGGAAGUCUACACAGCUUACUCCAGACAACCUGGCCAAGCUAAAGUCUAUGUUCAAGACAUUCUUCAAAGCAAGUUGGAGAAAAAAGUGUGCAACCUCCUGCAUAAUGAGAAAGGGCAUCUGUACGUCUGUGGGGACGUACGCAUGGCUAAGGAUGUUGCUCAGACUUUGAAAGGGAUGCUUGCAAAAAAUCUGAACCUCAGUGAGCAGCAGGCAGAGGAGUAUUUCUUCCAGCUAAAGAGCCAAAAGCGAUACCAUGAAGAUAUAUUUGGGGCUGUAUUCCCACAUGAAGUCAAAGGAGGUGUAAGAGCUUUGCAACCCACCAGUCCAAGGAUGAAUCAACUUAUGUUUUAG